UGUCUGUUUUGGUUGUAUCUAUGGUUAUGAGUAGUCUGCUGUGUUUAGUAUUUACAUCUCUAAUAAUAAGUUUGGUAAACAGUGGAGUAGCUUAGAAGCUUAGACAUUGAUCAGAUUAGUAAUUUUGUGAAUUAAAAUUGUUAUAUAGUAUUUUUCAGAUAUCUUAAUAGAGAUUAUUAUUUUAUAAGAACCUGGUGAUUGUAGACGUCACUUUUUGUCUAUGUAUGACCUUCCUCUCAAAGCUUCCUGGAGUCUGUAUUUUCCAUUAGCGAAGUGUAAGCUCAGGUGAGGAUGGGUAGCGUGAGAGCGGGACUGGUUUCUGCCGGGAAGUUGAUAGCAAACAGAAGCUGCAGACAUCACCAUGGCCUGCUGUGCCGCGGCAGAGUGUCGCUGGUGGAGGCGUCAGGGGGCCGGAGCCUCGUGACGGGCGUGCUCUGCCUGAGGCAGGCGGGAGCGGCCGGGACCGGCGUGGGGGGCUCCAAGGGGGACCAGGCGAAGAAGGGCGGGGCGGGCAAGGGCCCGGGCAAGGACGGCCUGAGCCUGGCCUGCCCCCGGUGCGGGGACCCCUGCACGCACGUCGAGACCUUCGUGUCGUCAUCAAGAUUUGUCAAGUGUGUAAACUGCCACCAUUUUUUUGUUGUUCUGUCUGAACAAGACAGUAAGAAAUCAUUAAAAGAGAACCGGGAUGAACCAAAAACUGGUUUCUUUCACAAACCUCCACCUCCACCCAAAAAGAUAUUUGAAUACCUGAACAAACAUGUAAUUGGCCAAGAUUACGCGAAGAAAGUGCUGUCGGUCGCCGUGUACAACCACUACAAGAAGAUCUACCACAACAUACCUCAGCAGGCCCAGUCGUCGAACCAGCGGCAAGACGUGGCCGUGAUGGAGCAGUCGUCGCAGCACUCCUUCGCACAUCGAGACCUGAUGCACAUCACGGGGAUCGGCCAGGCCGCGAACCUGGGCGUGGGCAUGCAGUCCCCUCCCCCCCCGCCCGAGCCCGAGGUGCGCCGGCUGUCCGUCCACGCCGGCAGCGACAUCCUGGACUCGGUCAGCCACGAGCUGCGGCUGGACAAGAGCAACAUCCUCAUGCUGGGGCCGACCGGCUCAGGUAAAACUCUGAUAGCGCAGACAAUCGCCCAGUGCCUGGACGUCCCGUUCGCUAUCUGCGACUGCACGACUCUGACACAGGCGGGCUAUGUGGGAGAAGACAUUGAAAGUGUCAUCGCAAAACUGUUACAAGACGCAAACUACAACGUCGACAGAGCUCAGAUGGGGAUCGUGUUCCUGGACGAGGUGGACAAAAUCGGAGCCGUGCCGGGAAUCCACCAGCUAAGGGAUGUCGGAGGUGAGGGUGUUCAACAAGGGAUGCUGAGGAUGCUGGAAGGUACGAUUGUAAACGUGCCGGAACGUAACUCAUCUCGCAAAUUGAGAGGCGACAUUAUCCAAGUGGACACAACAAACAUUCUUUUUGUAGCUUCUGGCGCCUACAACGGACUGGACAGGCUUAUAAGUCGCCGCAAAAACGAGAAGUACCUGGGCUUCGGCGUGCCCGUGUCGGAGAACGCCGGGCGCCGCGCGGCCACGCAGGCCGACCAGGCCAACAUCAGCGCGUCCGUGUCGUCCGAGGAGGACAACGUGGAGAGGGACAUGUUCCUGAGACAAGUGGAGGCUCGGGACCUCAUAGAGUUCGGCAUGAUACCGGAAUUUGUAGGCAGGUUUCCAGUGCUGGUGCCGUUCCAUUCCCUGGACCAGAGCAUGCUGGUCAGAAUCCUGACGGAGCCCCAGAAUGCUGUUGUGCCACAGUACCAGAUGCUGUUUGCGAUGGACAAGGUCGACCUUUCCUUCUCGCCGGAAGCUCUGAAUGCUAUCGCUCGCCUGGCGAUAGAGAGGAAAACUGGCGCUCGUGGUCUUAGAGCUAUCAUGGAGAGCCUGCUCCUGGAGCCGAUGUUCGAGGUGCCCGGCUCGACGGCCGUCAGCGUGCACGUGACGGAGGACGUGGUGGCGGGCAAGAGCGCGCCCGUCUACAUCCACGGCAAGCCCGUGCCCGAGAGCGAGGACCAGGCCGUGGAGCUGCAGGCGCGCGCCAACGCCAAGUGAUGGCCCGGCGCCGACGUCUAGAUCCUGUUCCGCGUCACAACUACCGCAACUUCAUUCAAUUUCAGUCUAAAAAAAAAAUUAUUUUAUCUACGGUUCUAGGUCUUGCGAACAUAUCGUACUGUCAAAGUAAUACGGCCACAUGUCGAAAGUAGAAACUUUUAACACAAUAUUAAACAAGAGGCUAUAUUAUUGCAAUAACAUGGUUAAAUUUCUCAGACUUGCGUCCAUCAUAACAUCGUGUUUUGACCGUCAUUUUUCAAAAUUCAGGUAUGGCCUUAUUACAUUGGUAAGAUUGGCAGAUGUUGUUUCCAUUGGCGAUCUUAACUCAAUUUUAACAUUUUUUGAGAUAUGGCUCUAUUACUUUGACAGUGCGAUAUGAUGCAUGAUUUUAUAUCAACAGUAGCAAAAUAAUUGUUGUGCUAUAAAUGACUCAAACCUGCGUAUUUGAUGAAUUUGAAUUAUUAUCUAUUAUAACUAAAUCACAGUUUUAUACGAAAAGUUGAAGUGAUUCAUCAUUAUGAUUUGUUUUUUUUUUUUUUUUGCUCAAAGUUUUGGAAUUUUAUCUUUUUGAAUAUAUGGUGAAUAGCGCUUUUCGUAGUACAUAGCCUGCAAUCUGUAAAUAGGACAUCAUAUUAUGAAAUUUUAUGUAAACAUCUUUUUGAUUGGUUUUGUAAACACUUUGAUGAUAUUAAAUUGAAACUAGUAUUUGCAAAGCCAAUUAUAUUUUUUAUCACUUACUACUAGGAUAAAGCUUAUUUCUUUGGACAGAGAGGAUAAUUUUCCAUGUGACUAGAUAACCAGCUUUACUUACAGUAAAUCCCUGAUAACAAUUUUCUCAAAGUACUUAGAAAUUUAGAAUUAUUAUCUGGGAAGUUUUAUCAAAAGGGUAAAAUUAUGAGUAUUUUUAGGUGCAGUGAUACACUUUUUAAACUAAUUAUAAAGGAAAUUUUCUUAAGCAGAGUUUUCUAUAAAAGGGUUUAACUAUAUUUCUUUCUUGUUACUUAAGGAUAUUGAAACUUUACAGAUGCUGAUAAAGAAGAGUUACUUAAUACUGUAUUUACCUGAAUUUUUUGCAAAAAAAAACUGUGGAAACUAAAAAGUGGGAGUCACAAACCUGUGUCUUGCGUUGGGGAACAGUGUAAUUGAAAAACUGCUGGCUCUGUCUCUCAAAUGUGUCACUUACGCCACUUUAGCGCGGGGCUUCCUGAACCUCUGCACAGGCACGACAGAUGAGAGAUGCAGGGUGAAGGGGAGGGUGCACAUGGGGUUUGUAACGGGGUCCCGUCUGCUUCUCUCUGCUGUGGCUGCUGGGGAAGUAACCCGUCCCCACAUCACCGCGAUCUCUGCUUGCUGAAGACCCACUGCUUUUCAACUACAGUCGUAAAAAAACAAUCAAUUCUCUAACUGCGGCACGGUGUUUCAAACGAGACAGUGUAAGUCACUCUACUGACAAAAGUGGCACCAGAAAGGUCUAGUAAAUAUGGAAUAAAUUAAAAAAAUUUAAAUAAUUUUCAAAUGCUUUGUACUUGAAUUGCGAUGUCCAAUAAAUAAAGAGUUUUUUUUUUUCAUAAAUUCAUAAGCAAAAAGUUUGGGGUUGCAUAAUUUUUUGGGUAAAUACGAUACUGGUCGUGUUUAUAUUUCGCUUGUCCGGAAGGAUUGUGUUUUUCGGAUAUGUGUGCAUUCCACGGGUUUUUGCAGAUGCUGUCUACUGGACAUGUUUAAAUAAUGUAUAGACUGAGGGACUGUCUUACUUCUUUUGAUUACAAAUAAAUUGUGUAGGCAGUUUAUCAGUUUGCAUUUUCAAAAUCCAACAAAAAUUCAUAGUAGUUUGGUGUUUUGAUAUGACUCAUACGUAGUGUAUAAAAACUGCUCGUGGUUUUUUCAUAUGUAUUAGACACUAAGAUUAUGAUUAAAAUAAAAUUCCCUCCUUUCAAGUUCUGAUAAAUUUUGUUUUAAUACUGAGAAUUACCGUACUUGUUAGAAGUAUUUUGGCAAAACUCUGUUUUGUCUUUGUAUGCAUAGGUGAUAAACCUAACAUUGAUGUACAGUGAUGAUGAUACAUGAAUAGGAAGUCCAAUGCAUAUAACUAAUAUACAUAUUUUUAAGUUGCCUAUUUAUAAUAAUAAUAGACAAAAUUACUAAGUUGAUGAAAGUGUUGGUAUAAUAAGUAUUAUUGUUCAAUAUGUUUCAUGUAUGCAAUUAAUAGUACUUUAGCUGACAAACAUUGUGAAAAAUUUAAUUUUGUUAAAUGUUUUCUGCUAUUUAUAGGGGUUUGGAGACAAAAAAAAAGUUAAAUUUUGGUAUGUUAUUUUCAUUUAGCAUAGUAUUAAACUUAUUAUUCAUUGCCUUAUAAUGCACAGUAUACGCAAUUGCGUGAUAAUGUCUUAUAAAUCAAUGAAUGCCAGCUGCACACUCAAAAAAUUGUCACGUUCCGCCUGAGCCGAGCGUGCAAGAACCGGCCAACCAUCGUGCGAGAAAAUCUUCUAUAAUUUCAAACAGGUUAAGGCGGGCUUUUUAACUAAUUGUUCUUGAUUAUAUUCAAACAAAUUAUUUAAAUUAAAUUUGCAAAAACUGUAAAUAAUAUUUGAAAAUUAAAAAGUGAGCAAUUUUUCAUCAAUGUUUUCUUAUGACGCUAUCACUUAAAAUUAUCGUCCGUAAACAGACUUUACAGACAACCCCCUUUUUUAUUUAUAAUUUUCAGAAAUUUUCACCAGUAUCAAUAACAUGUUUUUUGCAUUAAUAUGUUUCUUAAUUAUUUACAAAAUUUCCAUGAAUGCUCUUGUUACUGAGUACUUUAGAGUACAGAGGUGAGUGCGAAACAACCCGUGGUCCACGGGGCAUAGUUACCCACCAAGCGUGGGCAGGAACUCACCACUAAGCGGGAAAUCACUGGAAUAUCUGAGGACUUCAGUCACUAGAAUAAACAAUAUCGGGUGUAACUAAAGUACAUGUCAAAACUAUGGGUACGUAGAGGAGGCAGAAAUCUUGCUGUAUAGAAGGAAAAACACUGAUUCUCUUCCAUAUCGCCAUAUCAGUGAUGAAAUUAAGCAAAUUGCAAAAUCAAAAAGUAUAAAUUUUCAAUAUUUUAUAUUUCAGUUGCUGUGGAUGAGAGCCUUUUUAAAUGGUUUAAUGCUCACUUGCUUGAACUUAAGCUCUAUCGCAAGCCAAAAUGGCAUGCAACUAGAGAAAAUGGUGAGCAUGGGGUAUUUUUUGUAGAUCAAAAAAAAAGGGCCUUGAAAAUACAAAUUGCCUGGCUAGAUUCCUAAAUUUUUGAAUUUGGUUCAUCAUCAUAUAAAGUUUGGUCACCCUUGACCUGUAUUUCGGAGAGAGUAUUGCACUUUGAUUGUUGGCCCGUUGGUUCCGUCACCUCCGUCAUUGUAUUAGUUUUUCAAUUCUUCCGACAGUGUGAAAGUGUAUAUACUGAAAAAAAAAUAAUAAUAACUAUCCAGGGUAGUGCAGGUGUGGUGAAAGGAAUUUUCGGGAUAUAACACAAUGUUUUUGACUCCUUUUAACCUUCUCUCUGGUUUUCAGUUUGCUGACUGGUUAGUCACUGGUUAGUCUGUCAUCUGCACAGAACUUUCUAGAAGUCAACUUAACAAUUGCAACGUGAUUUACUUUACCAAUAUUUAGACAAACGGGCAGAUGUGUGGCACUAGCUGGCUGCAUUGUGUUGCAUGGUCCUCCAGCAAGUAUGUGCAGACUCAGGCGCAUGUGUGAACCAUGCCAAAUUGACAACACCCUGCAGAUCCAGAUGACUUUUUGGGUUAUUGGCUUACGCAAGGAUAAAAUAUUUUGUUUCCAUCGUGCCGAGUUUAUACAUGUAACCUCAAAAUAAUUAAAUUUCAGUUUUAAAGCAUGAAGUAGCAAAAGUUACUGGUUGAAAGUAAGAUUUUUUUUUAAGCUUUAAUGAAAACAACUUUAUUGGGUUUAGCUUGUCCGACAUUUCUGGAUUUAAUCACAGGUCAUUACGUGGAAGAUAAAAAGUAUCCGAAUGCUACUGUAGUUUUAUUUACAGGGUUGGUAGUACAGUAAAUCCCAUUUUCUUCAGGCUCUGAAAUGUUGAACAGUCUUAUUAUAAUUAGAUACGUAAUAAUAUGUGCGUUGUUCAUUCCACAAUAUUGGUAUGAUACUGUAGCUUGUUAAUCAUUCAGGUGAUGUUGGUUGUUUGUAAUUUCCUGUUGGAGGGAGGGGGAAUGCUAGAUUCUGAAUAGUCAGUUAAUUGAGGCUGGGUUUAAAAUGUUUCUCAUGUGACACAGAUAGCUAUUCCAGUUUUAUUAUUUUGCAGUUUUUUUGUAGCCAACUCCAUGAGUAUUUGUCUGAACUGAAAAUUUAAUUUUGCAACCAAGCUUCUGUGGAUUUUUUUUAGCUGCGGUAGUAUCGGUUAUCAUUGCUGCAGAGAAAAAAUAUUUGUUAUCUGUUUUGUGGUCAGUUUGCUGGUUGAAAGUUUGUUGUUUGGAAAAUUACAGUUUAUUGUGAUUAGUGUGUGUUCCUAAAUUAUGAAAAUGUUUUAUUUUUAUGGUUAUUAUGUUCUCUAUUGAAAGAUAAGACUUACUGUAUUUACUAUAUAAGUAAUUUUUUCAUUAGAUUUGUUUCUAUUUGGGGUUCAUAUAUUUACUAAACUAUCUUAAUUUAAAUAAUUUUCAAACCUCUACAAAGUUUUAAAAUGAAAAUACUAAAUUAUAGGUUUGUAGAAUAGCUUUCAUAAUGUUUGGAAACUAUUUAUGUUUAUAAGAUGUGGUUAGUUUAUUUGCUUUUAAUAUUUGGUUAUCUUUAUGCUAAUGAAUAUUCAGGUGUGACAUUUGUAUAUAACUGUAAAUAAAAGUAUUUUUAAAUGUUACAAA